ACGAGAGGUUGGCCAAUCGGAUAGCGGGAAGUCAACACAACUUUCGACACGUUUUCGGGCUGGCGGCAAAAUACUCAGGCCUCUUGUGAGGAGCAGCUAGCAUUGAAAUAACCGAGCGCAAUGGCAACACAGAAUAAUAACCCGUACGGUGGACAGCAAAACAUCCCAUCGGCCAGUACUCAAGGCGAAACGAGGAUGCAAGUCCAACCGACCACUAUGGCUUAUCGCGAGGAGCAACCGGUCGUGAAAUACGAAACUAUUUCUCAGCCAAAUCCAGUGAGCGAGCAACAGCGGGUCCAGAAUCUUGCUACCCAUCAAUGGGUUGUACAAGAUCAUAGCGGAGCGGUCGGUUGGCCGCCAAACUCCGCCAUGAGCGUGCAAGAAGUCAAACCGAUGCUACGUGACGAUGGUUCGCCAGUUGUAAUGACCACAGCAUCGGGCGCCACACUAGUCCACCACAGGCCCGGCCACCCUGGUAUGCUGGAGCAAGUUCGCUGGACGACGCCACCGAAUGCAGGAUCGCCUGACCAUACUCGUAUACAUCUGAACGCUGCGCUGCAACCAGGGAGUCCUGUCUCAGUGGCGUACCAAAACGUGAAUGGCUCCAUGACUCUGCCAGCCUCAUUCGCGCCGAAUAACCAGACGAUUCGCGAGAACCCGGGCGUGCAAGACCCCCAGCUUCAACACGAUAUUCUUGACGCAGAUGACGAUACUCCGACUUCUGACGACUUGGAGCAGUUCGCCAAGCAGUUUAAGCAGCGUAGGAUCAAACUGGGGUUCACUCAGGCGGACGUCGGACUUGCGCUUGGUACACUCUAUGGCAAUGUUUUUAGUCAGACUACCAUAUGCAGGUUCGAGGCUUUGCAGCUGAGUUUCAAGAACAUGUGCAAGCUCAAGCCUCUACUGCAGAAAUGGUUAGAAGAAGCUGAUAACAAUAAUGGGGCUACGGGAGGAGUGGAUAAACUUGCUACCACUGGACGCAAGCGCAAGAAGAGAACGUCCAUCGAGGUCGCUGUCAAAGGAGCACUAGAAAAUCAUUUCUGCAAGAGUCCAAAACCAACAGCGCAAGAGAUCUCCGCGCUGGCAGAGAACCUCGGGCUUGACAAGGAAGUGGUGAGAGUAUGGUUCUGUAACAGGCGACAGAAAGAGAAGAGAAUGACUGCUACAGUAACGAACGGAGACGAGGAGAGCGGCCACCAUCCUCAUACUGGGGUGACAGUCGCGUCUAUAGUUGCAAAUCAGUGAAUUCUAGCCUUGAGUCAGUACGAGCUAUAAUACAGUGAUAUGGAUUGACUUUCAGUACUAUGAAAACCGCGCGAGUUAAUCGAGUCAGGGGCAAUGCUAUUAGGCGGCCUAUACGUACUGUACUGUAAGAAAAUCGAACAGCCACUCUUGGAUGUAAAGACACUAGGCGAAUUAAAGAGGAAUAGAAUUUAAAUUCUUCAUAAUUCAGACUGAACCAUACCUAUCGGGAUGAGAAUUAUUCCCCGAACGCCAGUCUACCUGUACAUAACAUACCCAUAGCUUUCGUAAAAAACAGUCUCAUUUGUUUUGUUCAAUUAUUUCAAGCCAAAGAAAUGUAGAUUAAUUUAGAUUUGUUCUUUUACUGUUUUUCUUACUUAGCCAUAGGGUAAAAACAAAGUUGUAUAUAAAGUAAAAAUGACUGUGGUCUUCCUAGUUGAGAGAAAUUUAAACCCGAUUGGCGACAGUUAGAAUCAAGACCAAAAGGAAUUCGUCCGCUAGUCUUCGUGACAGAGAAAUAUCAAUGCAUAUCUAUCAUACUUUUCUAUAUAAUCAAGGUUGUUCAAACCUUAACGAGUAUCAAGACUAACUUAUUAAAGUUUUUUACGUUAAAACACAUG